CUGUUUAUGUACAGUCAUGUAGCUUGCUCGAUAAGUUUUAAAAUAUGUAUGUCAAGGAUACAAGAGCCAACAACAUCGGAAUAUAAAGGUAUGAGAAGUAGCACAUACGAGCUGGCCGUCCGUCGUUAAUCCACAACACACCGGAACUCAGAAUGGACACGGCGUUGGCGAUAGGGGGGAGUCUGUUGGCGACCGCAGGCGCCGGGUACCUGCUAAUCAAAGCGCUAUGCCCCUGGCUUCUGGUGGACAUCGAGUACAUCCGGAAGGUUCUUCCGGGCGCCAAGCGCCUCGAACGCUGGACCAAAGAAGGCGUCCAUGCCAUUGAUAUUUUUGAGCAAUGCGUCAAGAAGCAUCCAGAUAGAAACAUUUUGUUGUUUGAGGAUCAGAAAUACACAUACAAGGAAAUGGACUCUCACGCAAAUCGAAUAGCGAACAUGUCACGGCAGCAGUUGAGACUUGAAACCGGGGACACUGUCAUUCUGCUUCAACACAACUGUCCGGAGUUCCUGUUUGUGGUCUUGGGGCUUAUGAAGCAGGGGGUGGCUGUAACCCUUGUAAACACGAGCCUGAGGGGGCGUGCCCUGCUUCACUGUAUCAAUGCCACACCCACCAAGACACUCAUCGUCGGGUCGGAUCCGUCUUUGUUGGACUCCGUUGUCGAAAUUGUUGAUGACUUGCCGGAAAUGACGGUCUAUGUGCACGGGAUGGCGGAUGCCCUGCUACCCGCUGACUUCAAAUCGCUGGAUUCUCUACUAGAGGCGGCAAGUGCGGCCCCGGUCCCACCCAGAGUAAGGGCGAACAUCGGACCGAACCACCCGUCGGUCUAUAUUUUCACCUCGGGAACCACAGGCUUACCAAAGGCAGCUGUCGUAUCUUCUAAAAGACUUCUUAUAUCCAGCAUUCUGUCUAAGGCAGUGGGGGUAUGCUCCGAUGACGUCAUUUACGUCACAAUGCCGUUGUUCCAUUCUAGCGCGCUCAUGAUCGGUUUCUUCCAAUGUAUAUGGGGAGGAGCGACGUGUGUUCUCCGCAAGCGGUUUUCUCGGUCCCAAUUCUUCCCGGACUGUCGGCGGUACGGGGUCACUGUCAUCAUAUACAUAGGCGAGAUGUGCAGGUACCUUCUAACAAAUGACAAGAGCGCAGACGAUACAAACCACAAAGUGCGUGUUGCCAUUGGAAACGGUCUUCGUCAGGACAUUUUCUCGGAGUUCCGUACGCGUUUUAAAAUCAAACACAUAGCCGAGUUCUACGGGGCCACGGAGGGAAAUGUCGGCUACCUUAAUGUGCUUAACAAGGAUGGCAGCAUCGGCCGCGCUUCACCCCUUCUGACGAAACUGUUUCCGGUCAGCUUCUGCAAGUGGGACGUGGAGAACGAGUGUUUGGUGCGAAAUUCCCAUGGUCUGUGCGUCCCCGCAGACAUAGACGAGCCGGGCCUAUGUCUGGGGAAGAUCACCCCGAAGAGCGAGUUUGACGGGUACCAGGGAAGAAAGGAACUCACAGAGAGCAAAAUCGUCAGGGACGUUCUGGUGAAGGGCGACUCGUACUUUAACACGGGUGACCUUAUGAGGCGGGACCGACUCUACUUCUUGUACUUUUGUGACAGGAUAGGAGACACAUACAGGUGGAAGGGAGAGAAUGUAUCCACGACAGAGGUGAGCAACUUCCUGAGCCUGCUCGAUUUUGUCACGGACGCCUGUGUUUACGGAGUACACAUCCCGGGUAUAGAGGUUCGGUUUCGAGGUGCGGCGAGGGCCAAGUGGAACGAGUGUGUGCAGAACGGGCCUCACCGGACAGACAUCGAGCACGAGAAGGAAGAGAUAUACUUCGACGACAGGUUCUGUCUCUGGGGGAGAGUUAGUAGUUCGAACCGCUGGGAAACUCGGGAGACAUUGCAGCGAGGGCGUCACGCGUUUCCCUUCCAGUACCGAGUCCCUGGGGCCAUACCCUGCUCAUUCGAAGGGCCGGACGCGCACGUGAGAUACUCCGUGCAGGGUAUCAUCGUGCGGUAUGACGGGGAACACAUCACCACCCGGAAGUUGAUCACUGUCCUCCGUGACUUCGACCCCCGGAAGGAGCAUCCGGAUAAAAUGGCCGUUCCUCUGGAGCAUCCCCUGGAGGACCACGCUGAGAGGACCAUCAGCUCAGUGUGCUGCCGACCGGGGCGCGUCUCGUGCUCCCUCCACCUGUACAAGCGUGCCUUCGUGCCCGGAGAGACGCUCCGUGCCGACAUACACGUCCAGAACUCAUCGUUUCGCAAGUCAGGCCUCGUCCAGCUCCAGCUCAAACAGAUGCUGCUGUAUGGCGGGGUGCACACUCGGACGCUGCUGCUGAGUGAGGCCCAUGUGACGGAGAGCCUGAGGCCCGGCCAGACCCGCACGUGGAGGGACUUUCCCCUACGUCUCCCCGCCACCUGUCCAUCCAAACUCUACAUGUGCAAGGUGCUAGACAUCAAAUACUGCAUCGCUAUUGAAGCAACGUUCCCUGACGCUGUCCUUUACGCCGCCGUGCCUAUCACCGUCGCAACUGUGCCGGAAUCCGCCUACUGCCCGGUCAAAUGGAUCUAUAAAGUGAGUGACCGGCCAAUCCAGCAGGACGGAGAGGCGAUCACCAGCGACUCAUUCAUCCACGGCUGCUCGCGGAACGAGGACAUGGAGUUCCGGCCGAACUACCGCUACUACGAGGACAUGAAGGACCUCCGCCGCGACAAGGAGGUGCUCCUCCGCCUCCGACAGAGCCCCGGGGUGAAGCGCCGUCGGGAGAAAGGCAAAGUCACACAGCCCAAACACAUCGUCGUUAAGUUGAUGCCUGACGACAGGACGCACUAUAACUCGUUUGCCUAGUGGCGGCAUAGUGUUUAAAUGAGUUGCGUACAUUCAAUUCGGAGUCUGGAAUUAAAGGACUUGCAUGCACGUUGGUCGGUGCAUGGUGGUUGUUUCUCAUUUAGUGUCUCUAAAGUGCUAGAAGUGUCGACGACAGCCGAUGGUAGGAACAUUGAACAUAAUAUUGGAACUAUAUUUGUGUCAUGCUGGACAUAUUACAUCCCUUUGAAAUGUCUUGAAUGUAUAUUAUGGUUCCUGUUGGUGGUCCUACUAUUGCCAAAGAAAGUAUAUGCGUCAUACAUUGUAUUCCACCAAGUGUCUAAUGAUAUUAUGACCUGAGUGAAAUUAGGAUACAGAAACAUAUUUAAGGCAUUUUUAUAAUUUUAUAUGUUUUAUAGUUCGUAGUUCUUUUUUUCAUUGCUUCAUUCCAUACACAUAAUUACAAAUUUAAUGUAUAUUUAUGAAUCAAUGCAGAUACAAACACGUAAAAUCAUAUUAAUCAAAUAUCAAGAUAUAUUGAUAACAUAUAUAUAUAGUAUAAUCUAGGUAGAAUCUGAAAGUAGAUCACUAGGUCAAACAAAACAAAAACAUGCAAGUCGUUUACGGUUAAGAUGCAUUAUUUUCAACACAGUAUUCAGGAAAUACGGGCACAACUUGGGACUCAAUGUAAUAUAGGUCAAGUUCGAUUAUAGACCAUGCCCAGUCAAAAAGUAUCUCACUAGGCAAAAUCAGACAAUGUGUCAACUGAAUUGACUGAUUAUGGGUAAUGACAAAAUGUAGGUCACUAGGUCAAAAGUUGAGGAAAAUAUAUCUUAUUAUUUCUUUCAGGGUCACAUUUUCGUCUUCAUGAAUUAGGUAGUUCAUAUAAGAUAAGAUGAGAUAAUUAAAUGAGAUUUAUUAAAUGUCGCUUACAUUUAAACAGACUAAAACUAGCUACAUUGUAUAAGCUACUGUCUGAUAAAGGUCAGUAGUUCAAAUGUUACAAAAGAAACAUUUUUACAAACCUGAGCACAUUUUUUUUAAAUUUUUCCUGACUUUUGACCCUAUGACAUACAGGUAAAGUUUAUCAUGAUUAUAAUGCGUUAUUGGGUCAAAAUGUUGGCAACAAUGUCAAUUAUUUGCAAAAAACUUGGUUCACCCUAGAGAUAACAUUUGUACUCUGUCAAAAUCUAGAAUUUUCAUUAAACUAAGUCAUCAAAAUUACUGUCCUUAAUUCUGUAGAACCAAUGUAAGUUCAACAACUAGGUCACAAGGUAUUAAUCAGAAGAAAUUAUUUCGAAAAUAUUUCGUCUGACUUCUAAAUACCAUACUAGCUAGUUUACAAUAAGCUAUGUAACUCAGAUGAACGAUGUCCGCCAUUUUUGGCUUCGUUCAUGGUUAACAGGGUUAAGUAUCACAUGCAUUUGUAGAUGAACAAUCGGUGAAUCCUGCUGGCAGGUUCCAUGUAUGUUGUCCAGUUGUAGGUAUCAUGAUUUAGGACAUACAGUGUUAAUAGUCUAGUUUACUGAAAAUGUUUUGUCAAGUAAUUGAAUGAAUGGCAAGUCCAAAAAUAUACAAAAUGAAAUUUAUUAUUACAAUAUUUAAGAUUUUGAAGCGAUAUUAUGUUCAUUGGAAUUUUCAUUGUGGCAUGCUCAUCUGAAGCAAACUAGCAAACUACGGCUAGGUUACCCUGAACAUGAUUUUCGAAAAAACGAGCUUGUGUUCCCUGCGACUCUAAAAUCAGAUUUUGUCAGUGUUGCAUUUUUAGAGUUAUUAAUGAUAGUAAGACAUUGUACAUGAAUGAACAUAACCGAAGGUAUUUCAUGCGUCGCUGUGUGCUCACGCUAUCCCCAUCUGUUUUAAGUGAACAAGUUAGAUAUCUGUGGGUCAUUUCCAUGUGUUUUGUAUCCAUAUGUGCCUCUGUUCAGCGUCUACACACAAAAGCGCAGUGAUUGUGGACGCUGACCAAAAGGGGACAGGGUUUGGCUUGAAAAACAAAGACAGUGGCAAAAAGUAUUUUAUGAACAAUUCAUGAAUUAAACAUACACGUUUCUUGAUUCAUUUUGCGCACAUAUGGAAUAUUGCUUCCUGUUUUGAAAUGAGGAUAGUUACAUGUAACAGGAAUGCGGACUGCGGACAUGUUAAUAAACUCCCCUAAAAAAACAGAAACUAUUCUUAAAUGUCCAUGAUUCAAAACUCUAACCCAAUUAAUGGUCUUAAUGAUAACUACGUUUAAUUGAUAAACCGUCACAUGGAAAGCAUGCAUGUAUGUUUACAAGACUUAGUGUUGAGGUAGUGGUUGAUGAAAACUUGUUCAUAACGGUUCAUUUUCGAAAUUUUGGUGCAAAAAAUAGUUGGCCAUGCCUUAGGACCAAACAUACCUUUGACAAAACCUUCCAUGUCCACCAUGUCAAAUGAACUGGGAUGUAUGUUCACCUUGUCAAUAUAAUGUGGAAGUUUUGGCCAACCAGUCAAAAUGACAUUGGAGGUUUUGUCCACCUAGUCAAAAAUGGCAUGGGAGGUUUUGCCAAUGGGACGUUUUGUCCAUUGUAUGUUUUGUCCGGCUCCCACUGCUUGUGUCUACUCAGCACUGGUCAUAUUUGGUGGUGUAGUGUAUUUUGUUUAUUUAGUGUGUUAUGAAUGGAACAUAAAAAUUACUUGUGGCAAUGCCCUUAGACUGAACAUUUUGUGAAUAAGAACAAACUCAUCAAUUGUACAAAUUUAAUACUUGUUAAUUUUUAGAAAUAAAAUAUUAUAUGUAAGUUAACAAUCAGAAUUAAGUUUUAUAAAUUUAGAAGUAAUAUUAAUUUGUUGGUAAAAACGCUUGUUCUUAUCUGUCUUAUUACUCAUGUAAGAUACAUGUGUGUCAAACAUUUGUUAAUGCAGACAAACACAUUGAUAGAAAUGUAGCGACAUGUGUGGUAUAUGUAG